UCAGUUGGGUACUCGUUCGACCAUCUUGAAGACAAAAAGCACUGGUAUAGUGAUUAAGCCAUGUCUGAAGAUGAAACAAAUUGUGAUCAAAGCAGGUGUGGUAUUCGUAUACAAGUGGAUCCGCCCUCAAGCCUUCCGCCGGGAAAUGUGCACAGGCCCAGCAACUUUGCUUCAUUUACAAUUAUCCCGACUGAAGCCGUUCACAAUAACGAUCAUCAGGGAUCUGCAGUCCAACAUGAGAUGCUGGAGAUUCCGAAUAACAGAAGAAAGUCGAACAUCGUUCCACCAAAUCUGCCAACAGUUCCAUCCGGAGUAGAAAUGGGAAGUGACGCGUUCGAGUUAUCCGAGGAAUCGAACGACUUGAAAGAAUCGGGAGAGCAACAGGAGACUAUAGAGUUUUCUAGACAAAGACGAAGAUCCGCCAUCCUCCCACCGAAUCUAGCUACAGUUCCGUCCGGAGUUGAAAUGGACAACGAAGCAUUUGUAAUAGCCGAGGAGCAACAUUCCGUAAAUGGUCCUCCGUCACGUCGCAUGUCGUUGAUCGAUACAAACUCGCAAAACAGCUUUCGAUUGGGACGUGGAAUCCAGUCCAGUCUCAGGCGACUGGGAAUGAGCAUGAACUUAAGUCGAAGGGGAUCGACGUCGACAAAUACGGAAACGGUCCCGCGCAUCGCCAAUUACCGCAAUUUCUUCAAUCUGCGAUCCCACUCUCGACCUACGUUGGAUGAACUGCACGAACCUAUCACAAGAAGGCCAAACCUUGCCAAUCCUGAUGCCAACGAUAUCCAAGAGCCAGUUGGUGACAAAUUUGGCUGGAUCGAGGGAGUCCUCAUCCGCAACAUGUUGAGCAUUUGGGGAGUCAUGCUUUUCCUCCGAAUCUCUUGGGUGGUGGCCCUUUCAGGAAUCUGGCAGACAUUGAUCAUCAUAGCUAUUUCUACUUUCAUCACAUUAAUGACGGCUCUUUCCAUGUCGGCUAUCGCUACCAACGGCGAAAUAGGAGGAGGUGGAACGUACUACGUAAUGAGUCGCGUUUUAGGACCAGAAUUUGGCGGUUCCAUCGGAGUUAUCUUCGCUAUCGCCAAUGCAAUCAACGCCUCGUUAAAUGUGGUCGGUUUCUGCCAGUCGAUUCAGGAUUUGAUGAGAAGCUACGGUGGGGCCGUUAUCGUUGACGGUGCUGACAACGACAUUCGGAUCAUAGGAACGAUAACGAUGAUCGCCGUUUGCGCUCUUUGCGGGCUCGGAGCUAAGUACGAAGCGAAAACACAAGGAGUGAUGUUGGUUAUUCUAAUGGUUGCCUUGGCCAACUUUGCCGCCGGGAGUAUCAUGGGCCCAGGCAGUUCUGAAAAAGAAAAGGCUAGGGGAUUCCUUGGCUACGACUUGGAUCUCAUUCGAGAAAACUGGAGCCCUGGUUACACAGUCACCGACGGACAAAUGCAAGAUUUUUUCUCCGUUUUUUCUGUGUACUUUCCGGCAGGCAUUGGAAUCCUGGCCGGAGCUAAUGUUUCUGGCGAUUUAAAGGAUCCAAAUAGUGCCAUACCCAAGGGUACGAUCCUUGCCAUCUGCAUCACGAGCGUUUCCUAUGCCAUUGUCGCCAUUAUUUGUGGAGCCACUAUGAAAAGAGCAGCAACCGGAAGCAUUGAUGAUUUGCGAAACGGAACUUAUUUGGACUGCGUCUCCAACAACUGUACUUAUGGAAUUUAUUACGACUAUCAAGCUAUGACGUUAAUUUCCGGUUUUGGCCCGUUGAAUUACGCCGGCUGCUUCGCUGCCACCCUGAGCUCGGCACUGGCAAGUUACGUCUCCUGUCCGAAACUGUUGAAAGUCAUUGCCGACGACAAGCUUUACCCUUAUUGGCUGGUUGGAAUUCUGGGUAAAGGAUAUGGUAAAGCUAAAGAACCGAUAAGAGCAUACGCUUUUACUUUCAUCCUAGCGCUCGUCUUUGUCUUGAUCGCCCAUUUGGACGUGAUCGCUCUGUUGAUUUCCAAUUUUUUCUUGGCCACGUUCGCCCUCAUGAAUUAUUCGACGUUUCACGUCAGUCUGGUCAAACCAAUCGGCUGGCGACCCACCUUUAAGUAUUACAACAUGUGGCUGAGCUUACUCACAGCUGCUUUAUGCGUCGUCGGCAUGUUUUUGAUUAGCUGGCCGGUAGCCCUCAUCACUAUCGCCAUCGUCCUCUUCUUUUAUCUCGUCGUUCACUACAGAAAUCCGGAGGUAAACUGGGGAUCUUCCAGUCAGGCUCAAACGUACAGUGAGGCAUUAUCGAGCAUACAGCAGUUGGUUCACGUCGAAGAGCACGUUAAGAACUACCGACCGCAAAUUCUGGCCUUAACCGGACAUCCUGCCACCCGUCCAGCUCUAGUCGACUUUGCUUAUCUCAUCUGCAAGAGUAAUUCACUGCUCAUCUGCGCUAAUGUCGUAAAAGGCCACCGCUCAUCCGACGAGCGCAGUCAAACGAUUAAAAAAGCUUACGAAUAUUUGUGGAAGCACAGAAUCAAUGGAUUUUGCUCGCUAAUUAACGACGUCAACUUGCAACAAGGAGUCUCAGCUCUGCUUCAAGUGGGAGGCGUUGGCAAAAUGAAGCCCAACAUUUUAUUACUCGGUUACAAAAAUGACUGGCAAGUCUGCGAGAAUCACUCACUGGACCACUACUUUGCUGCUAUACACACUGGAUUUGAUCUGCAAGUAGCUGUCGCCAUUCUCCGUACGCCAGAGGGUCUAGAUUGCACGUCACUGUUUACUGAUUUAGAAGAUAGAGACUAUAUUCUAAAUACAUUGGGUUCGUCCUUGAUUCGUUCAUCAUCAACAACAAGCACAACUAGCAUGGAUUCAGUGCCCGAAUCUCCAGCUGCCGAGCAUGACGACAGCCGGUCUCCAGCAGAACGGCAGGAUAGACGAACGAGAAAGCGAUCGUCCAAAUUUGAUCAGCCAGUUUUGACGGACCGACAUGGCAAAGAGCUCCCGACGCAUAUUGUCAGUUGCAUCACAGCCUUCCGGCGUAAACAACGCAGAAGUUGCAUUGACGUCUGGUGGCUGUAUGACGACGGAGGACUAACUCUAUUACUUCCACACAUCAUCAACACCCGAUUGAACUGGUCUUCCUGUAGGUUACGCGUGUUUUGCACCGCAUCCGGACAAGACGAUUUGGAGAACGAGCGUAAAGGAAUGGCUGCUCUUUUGGCUAAAUUUCGAAUCACUUAUUCGGAUUUGACCGUCAUCAAAGACGUCAAGCAAGCUCCCAAAGAAUCGACAAGAGCGUGGUUUGACGGCCUCAUCCGGGAUUUUUAUGGCCGUGACCAACUUCCAGUGACUGAAAUGAACGCUCAACGUGCCAAGACGGAUCGCCAUUUGAGGCUGAGAGAGAUGUUGAUGGAACAUUCUUCGGCGUCCAGUUUGGUAGUCAUGACACUGCCGAUGCCCCGUAAAGGAACUGUUGGCGCCCCACUGUACAUGGCUUGGCUGGAGGCCUUGUCCGCCAACAUGCCGCCCUUCUUGCUGAUCCGAGGCAACCAAUCUUCGGUUCUGACCUUCUAUUCUUAACACCAAAUCAGCCGAACAUCAUAUAAAGCAAAACCGGAACAAUCCAGUUCAGUUGCUUCGGUCUCUAAUGUUAAUUCAGUUGUUUGCGGUGACCUUGUUAUAGUUAUUUCAGUCUCUUUUCGUGCGAUAAUAUUAUACACACACUACUAACAAAGAAAUAAACGAACUUCGUCCUAA